UGAAAAUUGUUUAUUUUUCGGUUAAGUAUAAGCUGUCAAAAUUAUUUAAUAAAGCCAUUCUAUCUCAAAAAAUGCCACUACUUAUUCAAGGCCUAUCAAAAUCAACGCCUAAUCAAGCGCUUGGGCUUAAGCAGAAAGGGUGGUUGACGCAGGCUCGCAUAUAUUCUAGCAGGACUAGAAUAAACGCUGGGUCAGAAAACUAUGAAAAAGUCUUAAGACUCAUUGAAGAAUCCCCAAAACCAGUGAACGGAAAACUGAAACAUCUUGCGAAGUCUUUGGGCAAUCCUAAAAGGGCCCUGCACUUACAAAAUACAAAGAUUCCGAAGUGGAAGAACUUCAAGACUCACAUCCGCCAGCUUACACACAUGUAUACCCCUUACAAGCAGCUGUUGCAGAAUUCAAAAUCAAGAAAAAAUGUCCCUAGAGUAAGGGGAAAGCAAUUCAUUGAGCUGAGGAGAUUUCCGAAUAAGAAAUUUUUCCCAAUUAACUCAAUUAAAACCAAAAAAUACAAAAUCAAACCACUAUCGAAUCCGAUACCUAGAGCAACACCUUUAAGCUUAAGGUUACCUGUCUUAGGCCUUAAACAGCUUCUUAAUGGACUAAUUAGCAGGUAUGUCUUCACCAAAAAACGGGCAAAAAAACUUAAGAAAAGAAGUCAAUUUAAUCGCAAGCCCAAGAAAACGUAUAAAAGGGACACUAUGAACAAAUCUAAGCUCUUCAAAUUAUCCUUACAACAUCAAAAACAAAGGAGAAAUGAAAUGAAAAAUAAACUAAUUGAAGUGGCUUCUGUGAUGCAGGAGCUUGGCGAGCUAAAAGGUAUACAAAAUCUAAAAAAGCUAACGGAGAAAAUGCACAGAACGAUUUUGAAGAAGUUAUCACGAAGUGCUAUUAAUUUGCAAACCGAGUAUGGAGAUCUAUUAAAGUACAAGUUUCAAAAAAGAGAAAUAAAACGCGAUAAAACAUCAUUUCCUGAACCACCGAAGACAACAGCGAAGAGAAACAAGACUAACGAAAUUAAGAUGACCAAAUCCAUUGGGACCAAAGGAUUUAAUUUCAAGCUAGGCAAAGGACUAAAAGUCCACGACUAUGGUUUCAAGCAUCUCAAGAGGAAAGUUUCAAAACAAGACGCUAUCAAUGAUUCCAAAACACACUCACCAAGGGAGGCAGAAAUUAUUUCUAACCGUAAGGCCUUCCGUACAAUGGACACGAAUCUGAGAACUUCCACUAGACAAACUGCUACUAACAUAUUCCUUAACGUAAACAGACUUAGUGACAAGAAAAUGAACUCAAAGCUAGAACUUUUGGACCAACUAAAUCGAUUAGAAACUUUAAGACAUAUGAAAAGUGACAAUUUUGAGUACUUUGAGGAAUCUGUUUCGCCGUUGGGCUAUGAGAUUUCUGAAAAUCUAAAUAGAACAUUUGCAUCGAUUAAAAGAAUAAAUCAGUCCAGGGCGAAUGCAACGCAGUUAAUUUCAGACGGGAGAGAUUUGCCCUUCGACUUUUUGACUUACGAUGAUUAUCAUGUAAAUGUUCCCUUUGCCGAAAAGAAACCCCAACCUCUUCAUAACCGAAGAAAGAAACGAUCUAAAAGAGUUUUCGUUCCCCAAACUGACGCAGGUACACAGACUGAAUACGAGUGUGAAAUUUGCAGUUCAAUGCAAAAACAUAGGACCGAAAAUAUAUCACCUUUGAUUGUGGAAAUGGGAAUGAAAAGAAAUUUCUUAAAUCAACGGCAAUACUACAUGGAAAAUCUUAAGAAUAGAAAAUCUAAGGCGCCAGGGGAAUCGAGCUCUAUAACUAAAUCCAAUCAAAAUCUGUGCAUUAACAAGAAUACACAUUUUUAUUCUCGUUACCCCCAAAUCAUUUCCGAAACGUAUGAGAACGUUACUUCUCCCCUCCGGUUUGAUGACUACACACGAGAACUAUUCGAGGCUUACCGAACACUCGAUGUGACAAAAAUUCUAUCCCGAUGUUAUCAAACACUUUUUGAAGCCGAGCAACGAACGAACGGACUAUUUUCUAAUAUUUUUCGACCAUAAAGUAUUAAAAUGUUCUGCAAAUGUAGUCAAUCAAUGAAAAUCAGAAAUUAGCAUUUGACUGUAUAUAACAUAUCCGAGAAAAUUAAUGAAAUCAGAAAUUAGCAUGUUCUUUGUUUGAAUGAACCAAUUGAAAAUGAGCUCUGUGUUUAAUUCGCAGAAGUUCCAGGAAGUGAACACAGAGUUCAGUUUAAAUGAAUUCAAGGAAAUGAAGGCUUUUUUGUAUUACAAUUUCACUUAUACUUGGUGAACAUUAUAAUCACCAGCCACAAAGUGAGUAUUGUUGACUACUAAGUUUGGGAAAUGGCGGUCAAAUAAAAAUAAAUUGUUCGUUAAGAAAAGCAAUGUCACGUUUGCCAUCAAUCCCAAUUCAGAUGGUAAUUACAUAAAUUUUCCUGAUGUGAGUUCCAUCAACGGAAUGCCGUGCAAAUGACAGUUAUUAGUAGACGAGCCCAGUCCCAAAGGAGUGAUUGGGGUGGUGGUUUGAACCCACCACCUAUCGCCGACUCACCGAUUGGAUCGAUGCACUCAAAGGUGAGACAGCACUUCAGCCAGGGAAGCAUGAUCUUCUCGGUCACUAAGGAACUGUCCGAGAAAAAGACAGCAUCCAGGUCG